AUGUCUGUCUAUGCUCAAUCCCCAAUGAAAGACAACACACAAGAGGACUAUGUUGCUGCUGUUGCAGCGUAUCUGGCAGAGCAGAAGAAGGCUUGGGAAGAGGGUCAAAGACCUGCAGGGUUGCGAGUCAUUGCUGACCAGUUUGGGAUUGGUUAUAGAGCACUUGGAAAACAUGUGAAAGGGGGGAAGACUAGAAUGGAAUUGGCCGAUGAAGUUUCUAACCUCAAUAAUGCCGAGGCCCUCACUUUCAUUGACUUCGCACUCGGUAUGGCUGACUGA